AUGCUUAAUGCAACAAAAUUUUAUCAGAAUUGUGCCAAUGAAGAUACGGAAAGUCAUUGGAUGGAAAUUUAUAACGAACAAAAAAUUAUUGAACAAAUAUCAUCUGGAAAUUAUGAAGAAAAUGAAGUAAUUGCUCCAAAAUUAUCAAUACAAUCUACAGUGGAAAUUGGUACACCAAGGAUGGAUAAUAAUAAUGCAUUUUUAGAAAGGACACAUUCAGCUGAAUCAAAAAUAGAUGGAAAUUUCAAUGGAUAUUUACAACGUUGUCAUGAAAUGGAGAAUAUUGAUAAGGUUGCAUAUAAAGGAUAA